AUGAAUCGCUCUCUUCGCCUGAGAGAACAGUCGACCCAUUUGGCCCACCUUUUCGCGAAAGGUGAACGAAGUAAACGAGUAAGAUCCAUAAAAUUGAGUCAACGUGGCGAAGUAGAACAAGUCCAUAAAUCUGGUAUUAACUGCGUUGAUAUCGACACUGGAGAAGGCAAAUAUCUUUUGUCGUCAAGUUCCAAUGGAAAAAUAGUUGUUCACGACAUAGAGGAUUGCUUCUACAGUGAGCAUUUCAAAUGUAACUCAGUUGCCACCGUGGAAAGAACUUUGAAGGACAGCCACAAACAUAGUGUCGAGACAGUUCAGUGGUACCCAAAUGACACAGGAAUGUUUUUAUCCAGUUCGGUUGAUAACACUUUGAAGGUAUGGGAUACAAACGCUCUUGAAGUUGUUGAGAGCUUUCAGUUGGAAGGAAUAGUCUACCAUCAUCAAAUGCCAAGAAAUGCUAGGAAACAUUGUUUAGCAGCAGCAGCUUGCGAGGAUUCCAGAGUUUAUCUCUGUGAUUUGAAAUCUGGCUCAGCAAUUCAUAUUUUAAAGGGGCAUUCAAAGGCAGUUAUUUCUGUAGCUUGGUCACCCAGGAGUGAAUAUUUUCUAGCAACAGGUAGCCGAGACAAUAAAGUGCUUUUAUGGGAUGUGAGAAAAGCUGUCGGAAGUAUCCUUUCAUUAGAUCAACACAACGGAAAAGGAGGAUCCAGAGCAUCUGCCAUUAACACAGCUCAUAAUGGACAUGUUAAUGGUAUUUCUUUCUCUCGUGAUGGACUACACUUAUUGACCUAUGGAACAGAUGAUCGUUUAAGACUGUGGGAUACUUUUACUGGGAAGAACACGCUUGUUAAUUUUGGUCGCAUCCACAAUCCUUGCCGCAAGGCCAUCAAGCUUUGCCAGUCAAGUGGCACAUCAAGUGAAGUGGUCUUUGUUCCAUCAGGAAGCAAUAUUGAAGUAUUUGAAGUAGUUACAGGAAAGCAUGUAAUCACCCUGAAUGGUCAUUUUAACAAUGUUAACUGCUGCAUCUUUCACCAGCAUUUUCAAGCUGUGUUCAGUGGUGCUAACGACACAAAUCUUUUNGAAGGAAUAGUCUACCAUCAUCAAAUGCCAAGAAAUGCUAGGAAACAUUGUUUAGCAGCAGCAGCUUGCGAGGAUUCCAGAGUUUAUCUCUGUGAUUUGAAAUCUGGCUCAGCAAUUCAUAUUUUAAAGGGGCAUUCAAAGGCAGUUAUUUCUGUAGCUUGGUCACCCAGGAGUGAAUAUUUUCUAGCAACAGGUAGCCGAGACAAUAAAGUGCUUUUAUGGGAUGUGAGAAAAGCUGUCGGAAGUAUCCUUUCAUUAGAUCAACACAACGGAAAAGGAGGAUCCAGAGCAUCUGCCAUUAACACAGCUCAUAAUGGACAUGUUAAUGGUAUUUCUUUCUCUCGUGAUGGACUACACUUAUUGACCUAUGGAACAGAUGAUCGUUUAAGACUGUGGGAUACUUUUACUGGGAAGAACACGCUUGUUAAUUUUGGUCGCAUCCACAAUCCUUGCCGCAAGGCCAUCAAGCUUUGCCAGUCAAGUGGCACAUCAAGUGAAGUGGUCUUUGUUCCAUCAGGAAGCAAUAUUGAAGUAUUUGAAGUAGUUACAGGAAAGCAUGUAAUCACCCUGAAUGGUCAUUUUAACAAUGUUAACUGCUGCAUCUUUCACCAGCAUUUUCAAGCUGUGUUCAGUGGUGCUAACGACACAAAUCUUUUAGCAUGGCUUCCACAGUUGAACAGAAUGACAGAGGAAAGGACUUCAUCAGUAGCUGCUUCAAGUACUGAAAGCAAGAGUUAUAAUCCUUAUCAAGACUCUUGGAGUAGUGAUGAAGAAGAAACAUAA